AUGCUCCCAAUCCUCCUCACCCUCUUCCUCACCACCCUCGCAGUCCAGGCCCGCUGCGAUCCAGACCCAUCACCACCCGGCCUCAUCGACCUCGGCUACGCCCGGCACAUCCCCACCUCCAUCAACACCACCGCCUCCGGCGUGCGCGUAGCCAUCUACAACAACAUCCGCUUCGCCCGGUCCCCCACAGGUGACCUCCGCUUCCGCGCCCCCAACACCGACCUCCCGCACGUCCCCGACAUCCAAGACGGCACUAACCCCGGCGGUCCAGGCGGACCGGGCGGGCCAAACGAUGUGUCGUGUAUUUCGUCGGCGCCGUGGUAUAUACCCUUUCCAGGGUUGAAUGGGACGACGUGGGGACAGGAGGAUUGCUUGUUUUUGGAUGUGUAUGUCCCCGAGGGGGUGAAGCCGGGGGAUGAUGUGCCGGUGUUGCAUAAUUUUCAUGGGAGUGCGUAUGCGUUUGGGAGUAAGGGGACGUUUUUUGAUCCGAUGGGGUUGUUUGAUGCGGUGGGGAAGGGCAAUGGGGGGAAGUUUAUUGCGGUUGCGAAUAAUUAUCGAAUGGGCGUCUCCGGCUUCACCUGGGCCCAAGGCGAAGACCUCGACGGCAACGUCGGCCUACUCGAUUGCCUCGCCGCGGCUGAAUGGACAUCCAAAUACAUCUACCACUUCGGUGGCGACCCCCAACGCAUCACUGCCAUCGGCCAGAGCGCCGGCGCGGGUAUCCUCUACUACCUCACCGUCCUCCACGACGCUCACGGCACGCUGGACACCCCCCUCCCCUUCCAACAAAUCUUCAUCUCCUCCCCCGCCGGCCCCCAACGCCGCAACGUCACAUCCCGCCAGCGCCAGCUCUUCGACCUCGUCCUCGACACAGCCAAUACCACCUCCCUAGCCGGCCUGCGCGCCCUGUCGGAGACUGACUUCAUCGCCCUCAACGACGCCAUGAUCAACCAAAUGCCCAGCGAAGGCGGCGGCGGCAACCUAGGCCCCAUCCUCGGUUUCGGCCCAGCCCCUGACGGAUCACGCAUCCCCGACAUCCCAUCCGCCCUAAUCCAGCGCGGAGCCGUCCACCACCACGACCUGAAGGGCCUCAUACUCGGCUCAAUGGCCAGCGAAGGGCAAACGACGUCGUCAGACGAGGGCAUGCCGGAUGCCUUUGGGGCGUUGGCACGGCGGACGCUGCCAAAUGCGAGUAAUGAGACGGUGCAGGAGGUGUUAGAUUUGUAUUAUACGCCUGGGUUGGAAUCGCAGCUGGCGUGGGAUUGGACGACGGAUGUGGUGUUUGCGUGUAAUGCGUUUAAUUUGGCGAGGGGGUUGCCGGGGAAGGCGAGGAGGUAUAUUAUGUCGACGCCGCCGGCGACGCAUGGGGAGGAUUUGCUGUAUUACUUCUACGUCGACGACGAACAGACCCCCGUGAGCGACCCGCAGCUGGUCGAGCCGUUCCAGACGAAGCUGCUGGCUUUCUUGCAUGGCGAGGACCCCCAGUGGCCGGUGUAUGGGGACGAUGAGCGUCUGUUCAACAUUACGGACUCGUUUGAGGCGACUACGCUGCCGGAUUCGCUGCGGGCGCGUUGUGAUUUGGUUAAUAAGCUGGUGUUUGACCCAGCGAAUGGGGCGUAA